CACUCCACAUGCCUCGUCUCUGAUCCACUCAUCAAGUUCUUCCCUCAUUGGCUCUCCAAAAUCUAGACUGUCGUCAACCUUCUUGUUUAUUGCUGACAGCAAUCUUUGAGGGCAGUUGGGUUCGCCAUUAUCUCCUUUGGUUCUUACUGCAAGUUAAAGAUCUGGAUCUGUGAGAAUUUAGUUUAUGAAUAUUUGUUUGCUCCGUUUGCCAAAUAGCAUGCAGACAAAGUUAUGCCGCAGCAUAGUCCGGCCGAAAAGUGGAAACUUGCGCACGCAAAUCGCGUGCCAGUGCAGCUUGAUCGAUCGCAAGCUGCGAUUUUGAUCGGUUGAAGGUGGAAACUCGGUCAAUUGGUAGCUUUGAGCAAUUAAAUAAAAUGGAUAAGUCUGUCAGAGUUGCUCUUCUGAUCUACCAAUGGACAGCACGAGACCAUGUGCCCAUCACCCACAUCGUGGAUUCUCCAUUACUUGGAUGAUGUGUGGGUGCGUGAGAGAGAGAGAGAGAGAGAGUAAAGCCAAAGUGAUGUCUUGAGCACUUGUUUGGCGAGUCUUCCUCAAGCAACUGCUGCAGCUUGGAAGACCCCGGUGAAUGACCCACAAAUGUUGGGGCAGUCUCCUGCCAUAAAGGAAGAGAUCCAUCUGCAGAGCUCCAGGUACGUAGCUGGCCUGUGGGUUCGCUUCCCGUCGUAAUAAGCUCGCAUUCUAGGUCUCUUGAUCUCGUCAUAUUGUCGAAGGAUUUCAUCGUAUUACAGAUCUUGCUCAUCUCCCCAUCUUCAGAUUCUAGGGUUUCUGUCUGGAUUUUCUCUUCUCUGCAUUUAGGUUUUGCUGCAAUGGAUGCUUAGGAAUGGUUCCAACCUUGGACUGAAUCAAAGAAUGGUGUUGUUUGGGCUUCUAUUUUUGCUUCUUAUUUCAACUUUUGUUGAAGCUGGAUAUGGUCAAGUGAACACUUAUCUGCUCAAUUGUGGUUCUGCUGAUAGUGUCGUCGAUGCUAAUGGCAGGAGAUGGGCUUCAGAUUCAUCUGGUGAGAAUUUUACUUUGAGCAAUAAUGGAACAGCUGUAAGCUCUGUUACAGUUGAAGAUAACUCGAUUUACCAGCCCUUGUAUAAGACUCUCCGAGUAUUCAACACUUCUGCUUACUAUAGCUUCAAUGUGUCUCCUGGGAGUUACUGUAUCAGGCUUCAUUUCUACCCUUUCUCAUUAGGAAGUUUGAACAGCAAUGAUUCGGUGUUCGAUGUAACUGCAAAUGAGCUCAGGUUGGUUUCCCAGUUCAAUGUUCCGGUAGAGAUUUUGUGUUGGAACAGUCGGAUGAAUGAAGUCCACAACUUGCUCAUAAAAGAAUAUUUCCUUAAUGUCAGUUCGAAUGAACUGAAAAUUAAGUUCGUUCCAAGUGUGGCAUCGUUUGCAUUCGUCAAUGCCAUAGAAGUCACUGAAGUAAUGAACAAUGUGUUUGCUGAUGCUGCAACUAAAGUCGGCAUGAAAGAGAAGCUACCUUUCAGUCUGAAUGAGCAUGGCAUUGAGACAAUGUACCGGUUAAAUGUUGGAGGGCCAGCUCUUGAACCCGGGAAAGAUAGAGAUCUAUGGAGAAAGUGGGAUCCAGAUAAUAAUUUUAUGUUUUCUGUGAAUGCUGCUACUGCAAUUAGCAACAGAUCUAACAUCAGUUAUUCCUCACUUAAUGAUUCUUCAAUCGCACCUCUGUUGGUUUACGAGACAGCAAGAAUAAUGUCUGAUAAUGAAGUUGUCGAGAAGAGGUUUAACGUCUCAUGGAGGUUCCCUGUGGAUCCAAACUUUGAGUACUUGAUCCGGAUGCACUUCUGUGAGCUGGUGUACGACAAGCAAAACCAGAGGAUUUUUAGGAUAUACAUAAAUAAUAAAACUGCAGUAGAGGAAUAUGAUGUGUUUUUGCGGGCAAGAGGGAUGAACAAAGCCUACCAUGAGGACUUUUCUGAUGUUUUAUCUCAGCAGAUUGACACACUUUGGCUUCAGCUUGGACCUGAACCAUCUGUUGGUCCUUCGGGUAUUGAUGCAAUACUCAAUGGUGUGGAAAUCUUCAAACUUAGUAAGAAUGGGAGUUUAGCUCAUGUUUCCGAAAGGAUCAGUAACAACGAGGAAGGAGUGAAUACAAAGAAGACAAAAAGUAAAGUAUUUUGGGCAGCUACUGGUGUUGGUGCUUCUGUUGUUACCAUUUCAAUAGCUUGUGUUUUCUUGCUUCAUCGUGUUCGAAAAAGGAAAGCAGAUUCUGUUAAGGAGGAUCCUUCUAGUUGGCGUCCACUUUUCGUUCAUGCAACAAUGGCAAGCACCACAAAUGCUGCUGCUAAAUCUCCCUUAAUCAACAACGGAUUGCCAGCUCCUAAUCGAACAGGCAGAAGGUUCACUUUGGCAGAAAUUAGAGUUGCAACAAGUAACUUUGACGAGUCUUUGGUGAUCGGAACAGGAGGUUUCGGGAAGGUCUACAAGGGUGAAAUUGAUGAUGGUAUCCUGGUAGCUAUCAAGCGGGGUAAUCCACAAUCACAGCAAGGUGCGGCAGAGUUUGAGACAGAAAUUGAGAUGUUGUCAAAGCUUCGGCAUCGGCAUCUAGUCUCAAUGAUUGGGUACUGUGACGAGCAAAAGGAGAUGAUUUUGGUCUAUGAGUACAUGGCAAACGGCACACUUAGAAGCCAUCUCUACGGUACUUCUCAGCCAGCUUUGUCAUGGAAACAGCGGCUUGAUGCAUGCAUUGGUGCAGCUCGUGGACUACACUAUCUUCACACAGGAGCCGAGUGGUGUAUCAUCCACCGAGAUGUCAAGACAACAAACAUUUUGCUGGGCGGAGACUUCGUCUCCAAGAUGGCUGAUUUUGGCUUGUCAAGAGCUGGUCCCUCUUUGGAUCACACUCAUGUGAGUACUGCAGUGAAAGGGAGUUUUGGUUACCUUGAUCCCGAGUAUUUCCGAAGGCAACAACUUACACAGAAAUCAGAUGUAUAUUCAUUUGGAGUUGUUCUAUUCGAAGUUGUAUGUGCUCGUCCAGUGAUAAAUCCUAGUUUGCCCAAGGAUCAAAUUAACCUGGCUGAGUGGGCACUCGGAUGGCAAAGGCAGCGUUCACUUGAGUCAAUCAUCGAUCCGAAAUUAGACGGAGACUACUCUCUCGAAUCACUGAGGAAGUUCGGAGAGCUUGCAGAGAAAUGUUUGGCAGAUGAAGGAAAGAACAGACCUAACAUGGGAGAUGUCCUCUGGCACUUGGAAUAUGUCUUACAUCUUCACGAAGCAUAUAGGAAGAGCAGAGAAGGUGAUUCCUUUGGGAGCACCGAGUUGGGAUUCACUGAUGUGCCUUUUUCUCUUCCAUUUGUUCGAGAGGGGGAUGAGGAACAUGUUUCAUAGCCGUUCAGAAUCUAAAGAUGAUUGAUUCAGAUUACGCAGGUUCUUGUUGCUCUUCGGAAUAUAUUUAACCCUCAGGCAAGUCCUUUGUAUCACCACUCAAUACUAGAGUUAUUCUACCUGAUGUCUUGUAGCGUAACUUCUUGUUAUAAAGUCUUCAUAAGGUUGUCGAGUUGGUGGUGCUUCACUUGUGAAACAAAUAGUUCCGAAAUCAUAGAAGAGUCAUUCUUGUCUAUUUAGAGAAUUUCUGUGAUUCUUAUUGUUCCACAAGGUUAUGUAUGUUUACGAGAUUAUUUUGGCUGAUAAUUAUACUACUUUUGUUCUUUUAA